UUGGUUCUGGGCGUGAAGGCUCUUUGGAGACGUAAACAACUCCGAGGAGGCGGAGUGGGUUGUCUUGCGUUGGCCAUUUUAUCGCCAGGGUUGGACCUGAAAAAGGGUGGUGUGGCGUCCUCGAGGUGUCGAAAGACGAGAAAAAGGCGAGCAGCUCCGGCUCCUAUCAUCGCCGUCCUUCCGCCGCUGCCGCCCCCGCAAGGCUUCGCUAUCGCCGAAGCCGCCUCCAGCGACUCGUCGCACCCGAUUCUCUCCACUUCGUUCCCCGCCAACCGCAAUCAUUGACGCCAUGUCGGGCUAUUCGAGUGACCGGGACCGCGGCCGGGAUCGAGGGUUUGGUGCACCUCGAUUUGGAGGAAGUAGGGCAGGGCCUCUAUCAGGAAAGAAGUUUGGAAACCCUGGGGAGAAACUAGUUAAAAAGAAGUGGAAUCUUGAUGAGCUGCCCAAAUUUGAGAAGAAUUUUUACCAAGAACAUCCUGAUUUGGCCAGGCGCACAGCGCAAGAGGUAGAGACAUACAGAAGAAGCAAGGAAAUUACAGUUAGAGGACACAACUGCCCAAAGCCAGUUCUGAAUUUUUAUGAAGCAAACUUCCCUGCAAACAUCAUGGAUGUGAUUGCAAGACAGAACUUUACUGAACCCACUGCUAUUCAAGCUCAGGGAUGGCCAGUUGCCCUAAGUGGAUUGGAUAUGGUUGGAGUAGCACAGACUGGAUCUGGGAAAACAUUGUCUUAUUUGCUGCCUGCCAUUGUCCACAUCAAUCAUCAGCCGUUCCUAGAGAGAGGUGAUGGGCCUAUUUGCUUGGUGCUGGCACCAACUCGGGAACUGGCCCAGCAGGUGCAGCAAGUGGCUGCUGAAUACUGUAGAGCAUGCCGAUUGAAGUCUACUUGCAUCUAUGGUGGUGCUCCCAAGGGACCACAAAUACGAGAUUUGGAGAGAGGUGUGGAAAUCUGUAUUGCAACACCUGGAAGACUGAUUGACUUUUUAGAGUGUGGAAAAACAAAUCUGAGAAGAACCACCUACCUUGUUCUUGAUGAAGCAGAUAGAAUGCUUGAUAUGGGUUUCGAACCCCAAAUAAGAAAGAUUGUGGAUCAGAUAAGACCUGACAGGCAAACCCUAAUGUGGAGUGCAACUUGGCCAAAAGAAGUAAGACAGCUUGCUGAAGAUUUCCUGAAAGACUAUAUUCAUAUAAACAUUGGUGCACUGGAACUGAGUGCAAACCACAACAUUCUUCAGAUUGUGGAUGUGUGUCAUGAUGUAGAAAAGGAUGAAAAACUUAUUCGUCUGAUGGAAGAGAUCAUGAGUGAGAAGGAGAAUAAAACCAUUGUCUUUGUUGAAACCAAAAGAAGAUGUGAUGAACUUACUAGAAAAAUGAGGAGAGACGGGUGGCCUGCCAUGGGUAUUCAUGGUGACAAGAGUCAACAGGAACGUGAUUGGGUUCUAAAUGAAUUCAAACAUGGAAAAGCUCCUAUUCUGAUUGCUACAGAUGUGGCUUCCAGAGGGCUAGAUGUGGAAGAUGUGAAAUUUGUCAUCAAUUAUGACUACCCUAACUCCUCAGAGGAUUAUAUUCAUCGAAUUGGAAGAACUGCUCGCAGUACCAAAACAGGCACAGCAUACACUUUCUUUACACCUAAUAAUAUAAAGCAAGUGAGCGACCUUAUCUCUGUGCUUCGUGAAGCUAAUCAAGCAAUUAAUCCCAAGUUGCUUCAGUUGGUUGAAGACAGAGGUUCAGGUCGUUCCAGGGGUAGAGGAGGCAUGAAGGAUGACCGUCGGGACAGAUACUCUGCAGGCAAAAGGGGUGGAUUUAAUACCUUUAGAGACAGGGAAAAUUAUGACAGGGGUUACUCUAGUCUGCUUAAGAGAGAUUUUGGGGCAAAGACCCAGAAUGGUGUUUACAGUGCUGCAAAUUACACCAAUGGGAGCUUUGGAAGUAAUUUUGUGUCUGCUGGUAUACAGACCAGUUUUAGGACUGGUAAUCCAACAGGGACUUACCAGAAUGGUUAUGAUAGCACUCAGCAAUAUGGAAGUAAUGUUCCAAAUAUGCACAAUGGUAUGAACCAACAGGCAUAUGCAUAUCCUGCUACUGCAGCUGCACCUAUGAUUGGUUAUCCAAUGCCAACAGGAUAUUCUCAAUAAGACUUUAGAAGUAUAUGUAAAUGUCUGUUUUUCAUAAUUGCUCUUUAUAUUGUGUGUUAUCAGACAAGAUAGUUAUUUAAGAAACAUGGGAAAUGCAGAAAUGACUGCAGUGCAGCAGUAAUUAUGGUGCACUUUUUCGCUAUUUAAGUUGGAUAUUUCUCUACAUUCCUGAAACAAUUUUUAGGUUUUUUUUGUACUAGAAAAUGCAGGCAGUGUUUUCACAAAGUAAAUGUACAGUGAUUUGAAAUACAAUGAAUGAAGGCAAUGCAUGGCCUUCCAAUAAAAAAUAUUUGAAGACUGAA